GAUUUCGUGGAGUUCAGUCAGCUCGAUUUGUUUUUCAUUAGCGUUUUGGAUUCUCGUUAGAAGUGGAUCUGGAUGUGUUAUAUAGCUAGUCGAUCGCGUUGAAGGCCGAACUGGAUUCAAAGUUUUUCUUUCAUAUUCAUUUGUCGUCCGUUUUAAUUGAACCAAGGCGAUCCGAGCCGCCCAUCAAUUUGGAGCCGGAUCGCGGUCUUGACUUCUGGCUCAGCCGACUCGCGGGAUGAACCAGACAGCCGAAGAAUGUAGAGAUCCACUGCCACCAUCAUCAGCCGGCCACCGCCUCAGCCUGACGGAUUUGUUCUGCACGGAACCAUUUCCGCCACCCUCUCCAAGUUCUGUAAGUGCUGCCGUCGCUGCAGCUGCCGCUGCCGCUUCCGAUUUGGAAGGAUUCCGGCUCGCUCAGUCUCCGCAUGGCCUUUUUAUCAGCCCAACUAAUCCGUUCUAUGCCGACUUGGUGCCCGACGAGUCGUAUCUGCUAGCCCAGCCUUACUUGCACGAUCAGUUCCAGUGGAAGCACAGCCUGCAACCGAAAUACCGCGUGAACGACUACCUUUCGUGCCAUCCUAAUGUUACUUCGGCCAUGAGAUCCGAACUGAUCAGUUGGCUGGGUAAAGUGAAUCGCCAAUUUGGAUACGAUAUUGAAACUUUCCUACUGGCUAUCAAUUUCGUUGAUCGAUUUCUGGCCGUCACUGUCGUGUCGGCCGAUCGCUUGCAGCUGCUCGGAUUGGCUGCUAUUCUUGUGGCGGCCAAGAAGGAAGAAGUCAGUCCACCGGAGAUGGAGGAACUGGUUGGGCUAAGCGGGCACAGCUAUCCGGCCCAGCUCAUCAGGGAUAUGGAAAUUUGUUUGCUUAAGAAACUCGACUUUCAUCUCUGCGCUCCAACUGCUUCGUAUUUCUUCGAGUACUACAUGACAUUCACUCGGGAGCAUAAUGCUGAUAUACGAGGUGUACGUGAAGUAUUUCACCAGUUAUUGGAGAACAGCCUCGUGCAUUACGAAUUGAUCCAUUAUCCGCCAUCGACAGUGGCGGCAGCUGCCUUGUGCUUGGCCCAGCGUUUCUUGCCUACCCUGUUGCCCGUUGAACCCAUUUAUUGGUUGGUCGAACUUUACAGCGGCAGCACAGAGCUGGCUGACAUUCAGCGCUGUUUCGUCGACAUGUCUCUGUGGCAUCAUACGUGGCGCCAACAGUCCAUCUGUUGGGCUAGGAUCGCGUCCGCCGCUGCCGCAGCAGCUGUCCAAACAUCAUCCGUCGCUUCAUCAACGCCAUUUCCUUCGCUUAUCGGUGAUCUCUUCUCUCCAAUGCCGGGCGAUCCGUUCGGGAAUGUUGAUUUUUGCAAGCAAUUCGCUAAUUUUUCUAUUGCGCCUCAUUGAUGAUCGAUCUCGAGCCGAAUCCUUGGUGAGACUCUUUCAUUUAUAUUUAGCUGCAUAUUUACAAAUUCUAUUUAUCUACGCACUUUUUCAAUGCCUAGUCACGUUUUCUUAUUUUUGUAAUAGUCUAUUUAUUACCUUUUCCCUUUUCAAAGUGCAUUAUUUAUUCGUGCAUUACCUAUUGAAGAUGAUACUUUUCCCCACCGAAUGCAUAAUUUGUGAUUUGCUCUUCAAGGUUUGCAUUCUCAAUAUUUUCUACACGUAUAUGCCUUUAUCAUUU